CACCAUCACCCUUUUGCCUAUAUUGCCCCUCCUUGCGACCUGCUACAACAACUAACUUGCCGUCCCCUCUUUCUCAAUGCGUUGUUUAGUCAUCGCGUCGCUGGCCGCCCUAGCGGUAGCCCACUCGAGUCACUCGAGCCCCACAAGACUACGGAAGUCGUUGGGAUUCGGUCCUGUUCAUCCUCAUGCGGUGUAUCACUCCAGUCCUUAUCAGAUUACCACGAACGGUUUCCUUCCGUCGGCUCUCAUAGAAGACCCUUUUGAGGUCGCGAAGCUCUUCAUAGAGGAUAUCCUGGUCGACCAGCUGUCAGAUACCAGCUCUUAUAGAAUUCGGAAGGAUUCCUAUACCGACAAGAAUACCGGCAUUACCCAUGUCUAUGUUCGCCAGAUUGUUAAUGGCCUAGAGGUUGUUGAUGGUGAUAUGAACAUUAAUAUCAAGGAUGGUUUGGUGAUAUCAUACGGUAACUCGUUCUACAAAGGUCCGAUUCCCCAGGCCUUCUCGAAUCCCGACCUCGAUGACAUCCGUCACCCCCACCGAGAGUACUGCGAGGAGCUCGAGGUCGAGAUGAAGAGUCGUCUUGAUUCCUUCCUAGGACAGUACGGACAGACCGUCAUGGAGGAAUUCGGUUCUUGGGAAUCUCACCCUAAAUUCCGCUCGUUCUUUGGACCCCUAGCGCAUAUACACACAUCCAACUGCCGUGCUACGCAUCUUCCUUAUGACAUGGCCUCCUCACCCGAGGUCGACUUCGCUGACGUUCGACCUGCUCUUCUCCAAUUUAUGCUGGCGGCAACCCCUAAUGACCAUAUGGUCAAUGACAUUCUCGCCAACUAUGACGACUACCUCGCAAAGAUGUCCAUCUCUCAGGAAGAUCACUUUGUUAGUCCCGAUGAACCUGUCGUCAUGUCUAUCGACAACGUCCCGGAUACUGUCAAUCCCUUACCUAGCAAGAAGGGCGACAGUACCGACCUCAACCUAGUGUGGAGGUUCGAAGUCGAGAUGGAAGACAAUUGGUAUGAUGCCGCCGUUUCCGCUACUUCCCCUCACCGUAUCAUCUCCGUGGUCGACUGGGCGUCGGAUGCCCCUAUCCCUACCCCGGAACCCUCCGUCGAGCCGGCUACUUACAACAUCUUUGGUUGGGGUACAAAUGAUCCCGAGGAAUGGAGAACUUCGACAUUUUGGCAUCCCCCGCCGGUUGGCAUGCAAUUCCUUACGCCAACGACCCAGUCUCUGAAAGGCGUCAAACUCAACAGCAAGCAGUUCUGGAGGAACACCACAACGACCUGGGGUAACAACGUCUUUGCGCAGGAGAACUGGGAAGGACAGAACUCUUUCAUCGACAACUACCGUCCCGAUGCAGGUGUCAAUAAAGUCUUCGAUUACAAGUACGCUCCAAAGGCCACCGAGAAGGUCGAUGCGCAGGACGAGGCAUAUAGUUACAUCAAUGCUACUGUCACUCAGCUGUUCUACACUACCAACAUCAUACACGACUUCUACUACAGGUACGGAUUUGAUGAGGUGUCUGGCAACUUCCAGCAGCACAACUUCGGUCGUGGAGGCGAGGAGAACGACGCCGUUAUUGCCAAUGCUCAGGACGGUUCCGGUUAUAAUAACGCUAAUUUCAUGACCCCGCCUGACGGCCGUAACGGACGAAUGAGGAUGUACUUGUGGAACACUGCUUUGCCUUACAGAGACGGUGAUAUGGAAGCAGGCAUCGUCAUCCAUGAAUUGAGUCAUGGUUUGAGCACUCGAUUGACUGGUGGACCUGCGAGUUCAUCGUGCUUGGGCUGGGGUGAGAGUGGUGGUAUGGGUGAGGGCUGGGGAGACUUUUUGGCUACUACCAUCCGAAGCACGAGCAACUACUCUGACUUCCCUAUGGGUGCAUGGGCCGCUAAUCGCGCACAGGGUAUCAGGAACUACCCCUACUCCCUCAACGAUACCAUCAACCCUUCGACCUACCAGACUCUGGACAAGCCCGGCUACUGGGGCGUCCACGCAAUUGGUGAAGUCUGGGCUCAGAUACUCUGGGUUGUCGAGCAGCGUCUCAUUGCCGUACACGGCUUCAACGAUGACCUAUUCCCUCCUGCACCCUUGGCUGAUGGUACUGUCCCCGAGGGCAAGUUCUACCGACCCCGUGUUGGCAAGAAACCUUUGGUGCCCAAGCAUGGUAACACGUUGAUCGUCCAGCUCGUUAUCAACGGAAUGAAACUUCAACCCUGCCGACCGGGCUUCUUCGAAGCUCGUGAUGCGAUCAUCCAAGCUGAUGAGCAGCUCACUGGGGGAGAGAACUUCUGUACGCUGUGGAAUGCCUUCGCGGAGCGUGGGCUUGGCGUGGAUUCGAGGGUUGACGGUAAGACUCCUUGGGGUGGAGGAAUUAGAACGAAUGGUUAUGCCGUUCCCACUGCUUGCCAGUGAGCGUUAAUGAACAUUCUAGAUCACCGCUAUAUCUACUACACAUCUAUACACCCCCAUGUACAAUUAGUUAUAACUACUGUUUUGGUUUCAAUGCGUGUGCGAUCUCGACCGAAGUCGGUAUACUGGAGGUGCGUUAUCGACCUUACGGACUUACGGACUACUGUCACGGAAUUUUGAGUCUGAAAUCGGGGGUGGAAUGUGUUUC